UAAAAAAUGUCGGCUUUCACAAAAAAUCCAAACAAAGAAGAGUGGGCGCGCCAAGCCAAGGGCAAAACGAAACGACUUGGACAUUCCUCCGUUCAAGCCCUAGAUCACAGAGCUUCACUCAAUCUCAACCAUGGCGAUUGCUCGAACCGGAGUCUACGUCGAUGACUAUUUGGAAUACGCUAGCACAUUGCCUGCCGAGCUUCAAAGGCUACUCAAUACGAUCAGAGAACUCGAUGAUCGAUCACAGUCGAUGAUUGAGCAGACGAGGCAGCAAACGAAAUACUGUUUGGGAUUGUCGACGCAGAGUUCGAAGAAAGGAUAUAGUAAUAGUAAUACCGAGGAUGAGGAGUCCGCCUUUGAGAAACUGCGGAAGGAUAUAGAGGCUAAUCAGGAUAACGCGUUGAGUUUGUGCACUGAGAAGGUUUUGUUGGCACGACAAGCUGGCGACCUGAUAGAUAGCCAUAUUAAACGACUUGAUGAGGAUUUAAACAACUUUGCCGAAGAUCUGAAACAAGAGGGUAAAAUUUCACCAGAUGAACCAGCAAUUCUUCCGCCAUUGCCACUAGUUUCAAAGAAUGAAAGGCGCAGACCAAUAUUCAUAACACCUCAAUCUAAGAGGCCAGAUUACAGGGACCGGGAUUGGGAUAGGGAGCGUGAUCGAGAUUUUGAGCUCAUGCCUCCUCCGGGAAGCCAUAAAAAGGACUUUGCACCUUCACUUGAUGUGGAUCAGCCCAUUGAUCCAAAUGAACCUACAUAUUGCAUUUGUCAUCAGGUGUCAUUUGGAGAUAUGAUUGCCUGUGACAAUGAAAAUUGUCAAGGAGGUGAAUGGUUUCAUUAUUCCUGCGUUGGACUAACUCCAGAAACAAGAUUUAAAGGAAAGUGGUAUUGUCCAACCUGCAGAGUUGUACCACAAUGUCAAUAAUGAAAAAUACACUGCCAAAUAUUUGAAGCCUGUUGGGGGAUAUUCAAAUGGUACGCGUUGUUUUCCUCUCAUUUCAACAUUUAUCUGAAACCAAAAUUGGCUUGUUAUUAUAUCGUAUUAUAUCUUGUAACAUCCAUAGUGUAUUAGCAAACCUGAACAUAGGUUAAUUAGUUGAGUAUUGGUAAGGUAUAUACUCUCUUGAUCAAGAGAUCAAAAGUUCAAAUUUUCCUACCUCACAAGUUGUAUAGUGUAGUGGCAAUGAAUUCUUUUUAUUUGGAAGUAAUCAUUUAGCUUGAGUCA